CGAAGCACACCGGAUAGAAUUCUCUAUUAAAAGAAAACGAAAAAAAAAGGAAAAUUAAAACAUAAAUGGAUAAGCAAACUCUUGAGUCCAGAAACCAAUAUUGCCACCCAACGGAUGCCAAGGUGUCUAGGUUUUUUGGAAAAACCAACUAUGGGGCUGUGCAACGGGUGCGCAGGGAAUCGGAUACAGUGCUUUGGCACAAUUCAAUAGCCUACCAAGAACUGAUUGCCUUCAUUAGCAGGACGAGCACUGCUAUUCAGGGUGUACGUCAGUUUUAUCAUGGUGAUUAUCCCAUUAGCCCAACGAUGCAGCGUCUGUGCAACAUCUUUGAUCGCCUUACCCAAAUGUUGACAUCACAGCAAGGUGCAUCUACUGACAAACCGGAUCAUUACUCAGAGGUGAAGCGUCCGAGCACAGUUGAAUCGUACCGCAAUUGGUCGCGUCAAAUGCUGCGUGGUAUCUUUAGCAUGGUGGAGCAGGCGGUGCCCUCCAAAAUGUGUGAGCAUGUCGGUGAAUUGGGUCAGUAUCUGGCCGGUUCGUUUGGCAAUCAGUCUCGUCUGGAAUAUGGCACUGGGCAUGAGCUAAGCUUUCUGUUCUUUCUAUGCGCCCUGUUCCGAGCGAAGGUGCUCUUGCCAUCGGAUGAGCCUGCUGCCGUCUUGAUGCUCUUUAAUCGCUAUUUGAACUGUGCUCGGCGACUGCAGAUGCAGUUCGGCCUGAAGCCGGCGGGAUUCCAGGGCGCCUAUUCCUUAGACGAUUAUCAGUUUAUUCCAUAUUUGUGGGGAACUGCGCAACUAAGUUACGAUCCGCCCUUUAAGCCAAAGCAACUGCUCGAUCCUGAAGUGUUGGCACAGUGGCGAAAUCAUUAUUUACUUGCCGGCUGUGUGGCUUUCGUGGCCGAUACGAAGCAGGGCACUUUUGCCACGCACUCGUGCCAGUUGUGGAGCAUUGUGACCUUGUCGUCGUGGACACAGGUCUAUCAUGGACUGCACAAUAUGUAUAUAAAGGAGGUCAUCAGUCAGUUUCAUAUGCUGCGUCACGUCUAUUUUGGCCAACUGAUGUCUUUUGAUCCAGCACCGCCUGCCAGCCAAUUGGUGCGUCCUCAUCUUGGCUAUUUGUCGCAGCAGCGUCGGGAUUACCUUAAGAAACGUCUAGAAAGUCAAGUCUAUCAGUCGCAGGAGGAGGUGCAGGAGGCACAGGAAAAGGAGCCGGAACGUUCAAAGUAUAAGAUCUCGCGCAUUGCCCUUACCACGGACUUGGUCAGCUCUAAUAUUAGCGGCACCAGCAUCAGUUUGCGCUACUUGGGCAAGAAGCGCUACAUACGUCCGGCGCUCAGAAAGAAUAAUUCUUCAUAGAGAAUAGAUAUCUUUGUAAUGUGUUUGUGCAAUUAAAAAAAUGUCUGGCUGUAUUGAUUUUUGUGCUCCUGAAGCGAUGCUCGAAAUGGCAUCAAAUCUUAAAUCAAAUGAAA